ACGGUGAUGUUGCAGUUCGUUAGUAGAGGUGGUGCGUCGUCUGCCUCGAAGGCUUUAACUUGGACCACUCUAACGUUAACGUUGUCUCGCUGUUUGAGUUCUCAUAUUCAUAACGGUAAAAUGGGCUCCCUACCGGUGUCGCCGCACGAGACCAGAUCCAUCCACUCGGACAACAUCGCGGAGGUCCACAGCGUGCCCAUGCGCGUGAUCAUCCGACCCAUUCCACCGGUACCGCUGGACGAAGAGAAAGUUCGGAGCCUCAUGGAAACUAUAGAGCGUUCCCCAGACUCGGUGAGCUCGGUAGUGCCCCCUAUUGACGUCUUGUGGAUAAAGGGCGAGAGGGGCGGCGACUACUUCUACUCCUUCGGCGGUUGCCAUAGAUACGCCGCGUACCAACGCCUCAACAUGGCCGCCAUCCCCGCCAAGAUCAUCAGGUCCAACAUCUCAGACCUGCGAACGUACCUCGGGGCCUCCACGCCCAACCUGCAGUGACACACACACACACACACACACACACACACACACACACACACACACACACACACACACACACACACACACACACACACACACUGCUCCAACCUCUCAGACCUGCGAACGUACCUGGGGGCCUCCACGCCCAACCUGCAGUGACACGCACGCACACACACACACACACACACACACACA